UAAAUAUUCUUAGGAUUUCCAAUCAACUAGAAACACAUUUCAUUUCUUUUUUUCUUUCUCUACAAUAAUUUUAUUUCUACUAAUUUUUCCUUCAAAUGAACGCGCUUAGUCAGAAUUCAAGUGAGGGGUCGUCAGUGAUAGAGUGUUUGGACCAACUUUCUUUGCAAGAUCACAAAGAUGGUAAUGCUUCACCCAAUUCAUCGAUUAAUGCUAGACCAACAAAUUUCAAAGUCUUGGACUGUCAAGUUAGCUAUCAAAACCCGGAAUUUGAUGCCCAAUCGGCAAUAUUAGAUGAAAUAAGAACCGUGGACUUUGAUUUAAAGGAAAAGGCUUUUGACCAAAUCCUUACAUCACCAAGGAAAAUUAUACCAAUGGCAAUGGCGAAUGAAGCAAAUGAAUCUUAUGAAUGCAAUGAAAAAUCCCUCUUGGAAAUGGGCUUUAAGACCAACGAAAUCGAGGGUUGGGAGCAAAUUUGCCAGCCACCAAAAGACAAUCUGUACCAGCUGCUUAGGAAUACCAUCGAUAAUCGCAUUAAGCCUGAUGUUGAGGUUCACAUUGGUUCUGCCAAAUUCAGAGUUCAUUUAAUGGUACUGCAAUGCUACUCCGAGUUCUUUAUGCAACAAUGCGAUAAUGAAGUUCUUAUAGUACUGCCUGCGGAUAUGGUAACACCAGAAGCUUUUCUAACGGUUUACAAGUGGAUGACAGCUGACGAACCUAAAAUACAGCGAGAACGUAUUUUGGAACUUUUCAUGGCCGCCAAAUUUCUGAAUAUAAAACAACUCGAGUAUCAAUGUUGGCUAUGUCUGGAUGACACUGUUUGCUUUCGGGAAGACACUGCAUUUCUGUUGUAUCUGGAAUCUCGCAACUAUGAUUUGGAAGAUGUACAAAAUCUAAUGUUGACACGAAUUUGCAAGUUUUUCUUGACUUUGGUGGCUUCCAAAGAGUUUCUUUCCUUAAGCCCAAAGGAGAUAUGCACACUAUUGAGUUUGAAUUCAAUUGGUGUAAAUUCGGAAAUAGAGAUCCUUAUGGCAGCAGUGCGUUGGCUAUUAUACAACUGGGAUGAACGGGAGCCACACAUUUUGGAUGUUAUAAAAUGUGUUCGCUUCAAUCUAAUGCCUGCUGUGUAUUUGGUUACAUUAAACAAUGACAUGGACGUACCAGAACUGCAAUGCAUUGUCAAAAUACCAGAAGUCAAGAAAAUGAUAAACGAUGGAAUAACAUAUACGACCAUACAAUCAUUUUAUGGCAAUAAUCGUGAAGAGUUCUUACAAACAAUUGAACGCUACAAUUUGUUGAUACCCUCUGUGCGUGAGUGGAUCUAUGAUGGGCAAUGUGACUAUCAUCGCUGCUUAAAAUGUCCCAAUUUUCAUGGCAUUACAUACUCAUCAUUUCUGAAAUAUUUGGAUGCGAUAAGAACGAUGGGCAAGGAUUAUUGGCGUUCUUUAAAGCUGUCAAAUGAAAUAGACAAUACUCUGCAAUGUUGUUCGAAUCAGCCUACAACGAAUGAUGGAGAGCGUAGACGUUGAUUUAAAUCUAUGAAUGAUUUAUAAUUCGCUAAAUAAAUCCCGGCUUAUGACACAGAAAAUUACUAAGAUUCCCGUACACAAUGGUGUUCCGGGCAAUGAGAA